AUGUCGAACAACGUAGAUGCAAUCUGGGCUGAGAUGAAGGAGGAAGGAAAGAGUGCCUCCCAGAGAGCUCAGCGCAUCGCGCAAGCAUCCGAUGGAAGUUUGCCAGUCUUCCGCAAAAAGCGCGAAAAGAAGCCCCAACGGGCGAAAGAAUUGAGUCUCUGGACGAAUGGUGGUACUGCAGCUGAGGGCUCAACAGACCGGUUUCUCUACGAGGAGUUCACCACAGAUAAAGAAAGUGAAAACCGCGCCAUCGAUAAUCACCGUUCUGAUACGGUCGCCGCACUCACUGACUGGCUGCGUGCAUCAGUACCGCUAGUCUUGAGGGCAGCCGAGGAAGUGAAAUCAUAUUCGGAAGCACCUCCUCCUGGUCAAGGCUUGCCUCAAGCGACCGAGCUUGAUGAACAGCUCUGUGACAGGCUUCUUAGCCGCUUCAAAAACUCUAUCGCACCCGAUCUCGCUGAUGCAGCCCUUGAGUUUCUCCUCCGCCCCCUCGUACGCCUUUCACUCAACCCAGACACGUUGGCCAGGGAUACCUCAAGACUUGCCGCUUGCGAGGUUCUGAAGAACCUCUUGUCAACCUGUGGAGACGCCCACUUUGUCACCGCCCUCCCGUACGUUGUGCCUCACAUAGUGAUUCGUUUGAAUUGCGGUGAUCUCGAUGGGGUCGCUGGAGUGCCGGAGAAGAUGAGGCCUUCGCCAGAGCAAAAGCCCCAGCAGAUGGCUCACGCAGACGGCAGAGAACUUUGUGAGGAAGUUAGAGAGCGAAUCGCCGAUUUGAUAAUAUGCCUGUUGGGACGAGUUUCCGGCAAGCCGACCGUCCUCGUCCAAUCCAUCGAUGAGAUCGUGAGUCUAGUGAGAGGCCUCAUGCUCGACGAUUUCGGCAAAAUCAAGCUCAUAGGCUGCGAGGCCUGUGAGGUCCUCUGCGACGCCCAUGCCCCUCUCUUGUUGCACUUUGGCGAGGCGAUGGCUCGAAGCGCCUCAUCCUGCCUCACUCACAAUCAUAUGCAGGUCAUGCCCUUCUUCCUCACUGGCCUCUUUGAUGAUGACUACUCCACUAGAGUCCUCGUGUUCGCUCUCAUCGAGAUGGUUGGGGAAAAAUACGAGAAAAUGAACGAGGUUGAUCUGCGAGAGAAGCGUCAGCUUGGCCUAGACGCGGCAUGGACAUACGAUGGCAGGGCUUGUGAUAUUCCAUUCUUACCUUUGAUCCACGGCGUCCAUCAUGAGCUCGCCGCUCGAGCUGCUGUCUUCGAUGUGAAAGACUACGACUGGCCGCUCAUGGCGGAGCUCGUCACCAGUGAUAGAGUUGCAGAUAUUGCUAAAUACGUUACAGCUGGAAAGCCUGUGCCAAGGCCUCGACUUGGCGCGAGAUGUUGGGUGAGGACAUCAGCGAGGAGGUUCAUCCUUGCGACCCUCAAUCAAGUGACUGACUUCAAGGAAUGUAACGCCUUGAAUGCUGCGAGACUUUUGGCUGUAUUGGUCGGAUUUGUCGAAGAAGGUGAGCUCCAGCUUGUUUAG